AUGGACAAUCCAGCAUCCCCAGCAGCUAUUCAGAAAAGUGUAUGGGAAGGUCGGAUUCCUCUGGAAAUCGUGCUCGCCCCGUCUGAGAGUCGGAGCUACGACAAGACAGAUGCAUACAUUAUCUCUUGUCCGAGGGUCUCGUACCUUCCCUCUUUGCUUCCAAGAGUCCGCGCCUUCUUCUCCGCAUAUCUGAUCCAACCUUCAUCGCGACAUCAUGAUGGAUGGUUCGCCUUUGAAGGAGUUCCCCUGAAAUGGCAUUAUCCUAUCGGUCUUCUUUUCGAUCUGUACGCGGGUGUAGAUCCUGCUUCAAAGACCGGUCUGAGGAAUGAUCCUACCCAGCAAACAGAAUCGUCAGCCCCUUGGCGAUUGACAGUGCACUUCAGCGACUGGCCCUCCGAAGAUCUUGUCCGGUUAGACGAGAAUGGAAUGGUAAUGAACGAUGCAUUCAUCAACAGCGUCAAGGAGGCGGACUUUCUUCGAAAUGGUACUGCAAAGGGCAUCAUGAGCCUUUCCAAAGAAGACUCAUCGGGCCUCUGGAAGGCAGUCGAAGAUGUAAACCUUGCCUCCUUUCAGAGAAUCUCACAAAUUCUCCUACCUCCCCCAUCUCAACCUUUUCGGAAUGUGCCCAUUCGGAUUUUCCUGCCCCUGCCGCCAGAUGAGCAGUCUGGAUCACUCAAGGUUGUGCAAUCGCCACUUCCCCCCUUCAUCUCGAAUUCGACCAUAACCCAGUCGACCAGCCCACGGUCUAGCCCUGGGUCCCAGCCUCAAACUAUUGGAGGUGCUUUAAAUAAGUUACUACCAAACCUCUUUCCAAGCCGCAGAACUCCUGUCCUUGCAAAGCCCGUUCUACACGGAGCUGUUCUGCCCAUGUCGGCUCCCAUUGAAGAGGUCGUGAGAUGCUCGGCCUACGGUGAUGGGUGGGCUUACAUUGUUGUCAGGAUGAUGGGCUAA